GUUCCAUAGAGGUCACCAUGACACUACAACGAGUCUUUCCGGUAACUCGACUAUCUUAUUUAUCAUCAUUCUCCAAGCUUGCCGGGCAGAAAGCUCUUUUCGGUACGUCAGGUCAGAUGAACCUGCGUCAACGACCACUACGCCGACAAACAAGCCGUAUUUCCAACCAAGCACAGCAAGUCAGUCCUGCAACUUCACCAAUUGCAGUCACGCCAACCCCAAGUUCGAACGUGAAGACUGAGGAACCCGGAAGCCAGCCAUCUGCUCAGGAGAUUAUCGUGUCAGGCUUUUCUCUCCAUGAGAGUACCUCGAAACCACGAAAGGCCAAGCCGCGAGGACCAUUGCCUAAGGGAAUCAAGCCCUAUCAGCAGGUUUUAGUAGAGAGUGAGUCCAUCUGCUUCAAGCAUGGCUCAACUUCGCCAGUCGAUGUGCCGAAAGAAGACAGACCUGCUCUUGCAGCAGCCGAAAAGUUCUUUGAAGAACGAUACCAAAUACUCUACUCUGCCGAAAACCUUCAUGACCACCCCCAAAACGACCACAUCCCGGAAAUUGUUGUACUGGGUGCCUCCAAUGCUGGAAAAUCAUCUUUCCUCAAUGCUCUUCUCGGUGAUCGGGAAAUAGCCAAGGUGAGCCACAAGCCAGGCAAGACUACAACGAUGAAUGCGUAUGGUGUUGGGCCACGUCCCAAGAUUGCCAAGGAGCUCAUUCGCAAAGGUGAUUCACCGCCAAAGCACAGUCUGGUGCUUAUGGACACCCCAGGUUACGGAUUUAAAAGUCAAGAGAACUGGGGAAAGACUAUCCUGAAGUAUCUCAACGUCAGGAACAUGCUUCGUGGCGCAGUGAUCUUGAUACCGGCCGACAAGAAGCUCCAAGAAACGGAUAGAUGGAUGCUCAGAACACUUGCUCAAUCUAACACUCGAACAUUGGUUGUCAUCACCAAAGCGGAUAAGCCUGGGAAGGAGUGGCAAGAUGCAUGUCACAGGCUUCAUACUCAGAUCGAAGCCAUCAUGGGCGGUCUAGAGGCCCGAUCAGCUGCCACUUGGAGGGAAGGGCCCGGGCGUAUGCUCGAUAUUUAUGCCACAGCCUCCAAAAUUGCCUUCGUAUCCCGCCGGCUUGGUAAUGGAGGUGGUAUUGGGGGUGUAAGACUUGCAAUACUGGAGAUGGCUGGCUUUUCUCUGGGAGACAAGAUCGAAAAGCAGCCCGAGACAAAGGCUUAUACUGGGAAGGUCGUCUCUUUUGAUGAUAUCGUCUGGAAAUCAUGA